CUUCCUCUCUUCCUCUCACUAUAACAGCACGCAACACACACAUUCAAAUCACCAUGGCAAAGGGGAUCUCGGUCCUCAAAUUCGUGGGCACCGUGUCCCUCGGCCUGUUGACGGGCGUCUCAUAUACCGUCUCCGCCGUCACUCUCCCAACUCUCCUCCAGCUCCCCUCGUCGUCUUCCGCCGCACACGCCUUGGCCUCGCUGCAAUCUUCGCUGCGUACCCCGGUCCUCGCUCUUUCGUCCCUGGCCGCUGCUCCGCUCUUCCUGUCGUUCGCUUGCUCUCCGCGCUAUGCUCGCCACCCGUAUCUCUUCUAUACGUCCAUUCUGGCCGUGCUGUCCGUUGUAGUGCCCGGAUACCUUCCCCAGCCGGCCGCUGCAGCUUCAAAGUCUACUGGCGCACGCAAGACCACCUCGUCUAGAGCCCGGAUGGAAGCGAGCUACGAGGUCGUGGGCGAUUCUCACAGCGAUGGAGACUUGCCUAGCGAGUCGGAGCUAGAGGAUGUCAAUGGCGAGGAGGUCAGAGCCAAUGUUGAGGGUGUUGCAAGAGCAUAUCUCGUCAAGACCGGCUUUGCCGCCGCCGCCUUUGUGCUGUCUGUGGUUGGACUCUGGGGCGAUGGUGCUCCCCGAACUGUUCGUUAUUAUUAGGCCAUGAGCUGGCUCGUGUAACCUUGUAAGAUGAUGAUGGCUGCGGAUCCGAUUGGCCGGCUUUGCCAGUGGGCUGGGUUGGAAAUAUGUAACAUGUUGGAAAGUAUUGUCCUUGCCAUGGAGAGCAAAGGUUGUUUCACCACUCUCUCACCAAGUUUUGUUAUGCGGAAACGAAAACAAAUCACCUUGUUCAAAUAUCGCGAUAUCGAAUAUAUAUUAGUUGAUGCUUUUG